UUUACGGUCGCCCAGACUUUUGUCUCAUCUGUUUGAACCAUCCACAUGCAUGCUGUCAUGGUUUGCAUCACUGUCUUCCUUCAAAAUCAGUUUUAGUCCUGGAGGCAUUGAAGAUGACUGGGAUCCGGUACCUGGCUUCUCUGUGGAUUGUGGUCAUCACACUCAGUGGGUUUGUUUUUUGCAGCGAGGUUUCGUUCGUGGAGCGGCUGGAGGGAGAGUCGGUACUGGUCCCCUGUCACAUGGAGCCGAGAGGCUCCCUUCGGCCCUUCGGCCUCUACCUGAGGCGCACCUGGCUCCGUCCCACUGAAGUUUUCUUCAAGUACACCCAGAACGACGCCUCUGUGAACGAGUCCUUCAGAGACCGAGUGACCGUCAGCGGAGACCCGAGCGACCGCGCCGUCAAUGUGACCAUCUCCCAGCUCAGAGCCGCCGACACAGACCACUACAUCUGCGAGUUUAUGGUGGAGAGAGUUGGCUCUGUGGACGAAAAGAUUCAAGGAAGCACUGAAACCUUCCUCUAUGUUACCGCUGAUGUCCCGGGCUCCAUGGACAUAGACCCGAUACCAACGUGCGCCGGGGGUUCGGCUGUGCUUCCCUGUCACACCCCGAACAGGGAAGGCUCGGCUGUGGAAGGUGUGAUUCUGAGCAGACAAAGGGGCCGCGCCCCCGUCCAGGUGGCCUACCAUUCACAGCAACACCUCAGUUCUCUCUUCCCCACUGAGAGGGUCCAGCUGUCGUCUGCGCCCAGACCCGGCGGCAUCACCUUCCAUGUGACCCUGCUGCAGCUCCAGCCCGAGGACAGCGGCCUCUACAGCUGCCAGCUGCUCCUACGAGGCAGGCCCAACAGCAGCACCAGUCUAAGGGGUCAAGUUUUCUUUAUUUCUGUGCAAGACGAUCGAUGCGGCUGCUCCAGCUACCCCACGCUGAUCUAUGCCUUGACAGGUGCCGUGGGCGUCCUCCUCCUCCUCCUGAUCCUAGUUGGAUGUGUGGUGGUUUUUAAAGGUAAAGCCUCCCAGAGGCCCAAGUCACAGUCUCAGGCACCCAUCUACGAGGAGAUGAUCGGGGUGCAGUCUCCCAGCCGAAAACUGGCCACUCUACGUCUGGAGGAAGUCGAAUCCUCAGAGUACAAAAACUGCCCGGUGAAGAAGGCCAGCUCUGGAAACCGUUAUGAAAGCCCAAGUGGGGCUCUCUUUCCAAGGAGGGAUUCUUAAAAAUGACAUGUUAGACCAGCAUGAGGGCAACCCAACCGUUCUGAAAUUCACAGGACUCUUUCACAUCUUCGUUGGCUGUCAGAAAAUAUAUUUUAGCGACCUCCAAACUAAAGAAAAGGUAUAUUCCCCUCCCAGGCUUCUUCUGUUUUUUUUUUGUUUUUGCUUGUUUUUUUGCCACAUUGAAAGGGUUCAGAUCAUCAAACAUAGUUUAGUAUCAGACGAAGCGAACAUGAGUAAAUACAAAAUGCAGUUUUCAGAUAAGAAUUUAAUGGAAGCUUUUCAAACCAACAUGGCUAUAAGUGGAAAAGUAAUUCCCCCCUUCGUAACAUCGUACAUUAAUCAUAUUUACCCAAAUUUUUCUGGAAAGUGGAUUUUCAUUUCAUAGGUCACUCUGUCCUGACUACUGUCAUUUAGGUGUGACAAAAAACAGAGGAAAUCUAGAAGGGGGCAAAUACUUUUCACCAGACUGUAUAUAUAAAUAUCAAGAGACAACUCAAUGCAAUUCCCUCAGUGUUAUUUUAUUUUUAUUUUAUAAAAAGUGUUUAAUCAACAUUUUUAACAAAUGAAAAUAAAAAUCGGGUGAUUCCGUU